AUGUCUCUAAAUGAUAUUGGUUUUGUUCUGUUUAUAUUAAUUAGGUAUCUGAAACUUUUUUCAGAUUGGUGCGAUAAAAUUGGAUCAUCAAAAGCUGGCGCUAUUGUUUGGGAAGUAAACAAGUGGAUCCUGGUUUUUAGAAGUGUUGUACAGGAAACAUUUGGUGGAGGAGAUUCUAGUACCAGCCAGGAAAAAAGUUUCUACAUGCUGGGUUAUAUCGAACACAAAAACACAUUAAUUAAGCUGUUCGACGCUCAUGUUUUCCGAAGGCGUGUGUUGUUGAACACAAAUUUAAACCUACAAAUGGAUAAUAUGAACGUCAGAUGA